AACUAGUCACAACGUGUGUAAUCGUGUAGCACAAAACACUUGUUUCUCUUGUAAUCGUAACAAGAAGCCAUUACAAAGCUUAUACUGCAGUUUCGGACUUUCACUGUUAGGCAGUAUUAGAUUUGUUUUCAUAAUGAAGGCUUUUACAGUGCUAGCUUUGUGUUUCAUUGCGGUGCAAUGUAGUUACAACAGUAACAACAACGGCGGCAUUGGGAAUAGUCUCAGCUCUGAUUGUGACAAGUAUUGUAGACCAUAUGGAAACAGACCUGUAUGUUCAUCCAAUGGCAAUACCUACGAGAACGAUUGCUACUGUGAAUGCCAGAGGGAGCGCAAGGCAUGUAAUGGACCCUGUCCAUGCAGCGACAGCAGAAAUAAAAAUAGCAACUACAACGGAUACAACUUUAGCAACAACGUUAGCAAUAAAAAUGAAUUUAAUGUCACUGACAAAAAUGGAAACAGUAACGGCAACGGGAAUGGCUAUAACAGCAUGAAUGGUAACAGUAACGGAAAUGGCAAUAAAAACAUAAAGGGAAAAAGUAACGGUAACAGAAACGGCUAUAAUGGCAUAAAUGGUAACAGCAAUCUUAACGGAAAUGGCUAUAAUGACAAUAUAGGAAACGGUAACGGAAACGGAAAUGGCAUUAAUGGCAACAAUGGUAACAGUAACGGAAAUGGCAAAAGUAUCAAUAUCGUUAACGGUAUCGGAAACGUCUAUAAUUAUAAAAAUGGCAAUAUUAGAAACAAUAACGAAAGUGUUAUUGGCUAUAAUGGUAACGGUGACGGUACCGGAAACAGUAGUAAAAACAAAAUAAGAAAUGGUAACGCUAACGGAAAUGGCUAUUAUGACUAUAAUGGUAACAGUAACGGUAACGGAAAUGGAUAUAAUGGCAUGAAGGGUAACAGUAACGGUAACGGAAAUGGCUAUAAUGGCAAUGAUGGAAACAGCAACGGUAACAGAAAUGGCUAUAAUAGCAAAAAUGGUAAUGGUUACGAUAAUGGAAAGACCAAUGGCAACGAUGGUAACAGUCAAAGUAAAGGAAAUGGAUAUAACGGCAAUAAUGGUAACAAUAACACGAACGGAAAGAGCUCUAACGGCAAUAAUGGUGACAGAAACGGUAACAAAAUUGACCAUAAUGGCAGUAAUGGUAACAGUAACGGUAACAGGAAGGGCUAUUCCGGCAAAAAUGGUGACGGAAUUGGCUAUAAUGGCAAUAUUCGGAAUGAUACCGUAAUCCGAAAUGGUAAUAAUGUUAACAGUUACGGUAACGGAAAUAGAAGCAAAAACGACAAUGGAAAUGGUAAGGGUAACGGAAAUGUCUAUAUAGGCAAUAAUGGUAUCAGUAACGAUUAUGGAAUCGGCAAUAAUGGGAACAGUUACGAUAACGGAAAUGGCUUUAAUGGAAAAAAUGGUAACAAAAAUGGUUAUAAUGAUAAUAAUGGUAAUAGAAGCAAUGGCAGAAAUGGCUAUAAUGGCAAUUAUGAAAAUAGUAACGGAAACGGAAAUGUUUAUAAAAGCUACAAUGGUAAUAGCAACGAUAACAAGAAUGGUUAUAAUGGCAAAAAUAUUAACAGUAACAUCAGCGGAAAGGGCCAAAAUGGUAAUUAUGGAAAUAGACACGGUAAUGGAAUUGACCAUAAUGGCAAUAAUGGUAAUAGUAACAGAAAAGGAAUUGGCUAUACUGGCAUGAACGGUAACAGUUAUGAUAACGGAAAUGGGUACAACGGCAAAAAUGGUAACAGUAACAGUAACAGUAACAGAAAGGGCAAUAAUCAUGGUAAUUCUGGUUAUACAAACGGAAAUGGAAUUAACACUAAUGGAAAUGGAUAUAACGGCCAAAACAGUAACGACAACGGUAGCAGAAAUGGUUUAAAUGGCAAUAUUGGUAUCAGCCAUGGUAAUAGUAAUGGUCAUAACGACAUAAACGGUAACAGUAACGGUAACAGAAAUGGCUAUAAUGGCAAUAAUGAUAACAACAACGGUACGGGAAAUGGCUAUGGUGGCAAAAAUAGUAAUGUUAACGGUAAUGGAAGUAGCUAUAAUGGCAAAGAUGGUAACAGUCACAGUAACGGAAAUGGCUAUAUUGGCAAUAAUGGUAACAAUAACGGUAGCAGGAAUGGUUUGAAUGGCAAUAAUGGUAUCCACAAUGGUAAUAGAAAUGGUUAUAGUGACAUAAACAUUAACAGUAACGGUAACAGUAAUGGCUUUAAUGGAAUGACUGGUAACAAUAACGGUAAAAGAAAUGCCAAUGAUGGCAAAAAUAAUAAUGUUAACGUUAAUGGAAGAAAUUAUAAUAUCAAAGAUGGUAAUAGCCACAGUAAAGGAAAUGGUUAUAACGGCAAUAAUGGUAACAACAAUGGUUAUAAUGGCAUAAACGGUAAUGGAAAUGGCUAUAAUGGCAUGACUAGUAACAGUAACAGUAACGGAAACAGAAAUAGCUAUAAUGGCAAAAAUGGUAAUGGUUACGGUAACGGAAAUAGCUACAAGGGCAAUAAUGGUAACAGUCGCAGCAACGGUUAUAACGAGAAUAAUAGUAACAACAAAGGUGACACUAAUGUCUAUAAUGGCAUAAACGGUAACAGUAACAGUAACGGAAAUAGCUAUAAUGGCAAAAAUAGUAAUGGUAAUGGUAAUGAAAAUAGCUACAAUGGCAAUGGUGGUAAUAGUCGCAGUAACGGAAAUGGCUAUAACGGCAAUAAUGGUAGCAACAACGGUAACAGAAAUGCCUAUAAUGGCAUAAACGGUAGCAGUAACGGUAACGGAAGUGGCUAUAAUGACAUGACUGGUAACAGUAAUGGUAAUGGAAAUGGCUAUAAUGGCAAAAAUAGUAAUGGUAACGGUAAUAAAAAUAGCUAUAAUGGCAAUGAUGGUAACAGUCGUAGAAACGGAAAUGGUUAUAACGGCAAUAAUGGUAGCAAAAACGGAAAUGGAUACAAUGGCAUAAACGGUAACAGUAACGGUAACGGAAAUGGCUUUCAUGGCAUGACUGGUUACAGCAACGGAAAUGGAUAUAAUAGCAAAAUGGUAACAGCAACGGUAUCAGAAACGCCUUGAAUGGUUAUAAUGCUAACAGUAACGUGAACGGAAAUGGCUAUAGUAAUAGCAAUGGAAACAAUGAAAGAAACGGCUACAGCAGAAAUAGCAACAGAAACACCAACGUAAAUAGCUAUGUAAACAGUAAAAGAAAUAAUUUUAACGGUAAAAAUAACAACAACAUAAACAACGGAAACAGCUUCAACGGCAAAAACAGAUACAAUCGCAACAGCAGUAGCUUCAACGGUGGUAACAACUAUAACAGCAAUAAAAAUAGCAACAAUAAUGGAAGGAUUUACAAUAGUAUAAAAAACGGAAACAGCUUUGGUAACAGCUACAAUUCCAACAAUAAUGGUAACAAUUACAAUUCCAAAAACAAUGGUAACGGUUACAAUUCUAACGGAAACGGUUUCAAUUCUCAAAACGGGAAUAGGUUUAACUCAAACAGUAACAGUAAUGGUUAUGACUCUAACAACAUAGGAACAGGCAAUCACAACAUAAAUAAGAACAGCUUCAUUGGAAACAGAAAUACAAACACACACAGUUAUUACGAAAACAAAAACAGUAACAAUAAUGCUAACGUUUAUGACAGUAACAGCCAGAACCACAAACUCAGCAUUGGUGGUAGUAACAGAAUCGUUUUCAACAGCAAUACCGUCGAUGACAACUUAGGCAGUUACAGCAUACUUGACAUCUUAAAGAACUUCGAAAGCAAUCAGAACAGCUUAAACGAUAACAAUAACCUCAAGUUCAGCAAUAUUUAUGGUAUCAAUAAGAAAAACGGAAAUGGUAUCAAUGACGUAAUUGGUAAUAAUUUCAACGGCCUGAAGUUCAGCAAUAUUUAUGGUAUCAAUAAGAACAACGGAAACAGUUACAACAAUUGGAACAGUUUCAACAACAAUUACGACAGUAACAAGAAUAGCGCUUCCAUUCCAGAGCCCAUUAAUAUUGUAAUUCAUGCCCCCGAGUCAAGCAACUGUUUGUGUAAACCAGAUUACAAACCUUGUUGCACAACGGACAACGAAACCUACCGUAAUAGAUGUGAAGCUGAAUGCGAGGAGAAAUUUGUAUUGUACGAGGGAGUAUGCUUUUAAAGUAACAUGAAAGAUACAUGUGGAACAGUAUCGUAAGUGUCGAGCGAGCGAAAUCAUGAAAAUAUGUGGAGGAAUGAUAAUAAUUACAUUUGUAUUGACACUGAUACCUUGUCUCAUGACGUUUAUUUAUUACUAAAAUCAAUAAAAUGAGAAGAUAU